AUGCGAGCACAAGGGCACGAUAUAUCGCUUCACGCUUAUUCACACCGACUUCCGAUCAGACGAGCUUCAGUCAUGUAUCGUGCUAUAAAUUUUGGUAACAAUAAGUCGACCAUGACAGCAAUAUGUUUCGUUUGCAACCUACCAAUACUGUCACAUCAAGUUGGACUUGUGUGGGCUGGAGGCAACGGGUGGGACGAGCUCACCAGGUCCACUUUAGAGGAGUCGACGUUAAGACAGAGACUUGGCAGUCGGAGAGACUCCGCUGCUCAAGUAUCCUGUCUAUCGCCACCAGAACCAGACGUCGAAAAUCAGCCCAGAGGAGGACCUCGGCGCCGCCGCUCAUCCUUGGCACAAUUAACAGAUAUUCUGCGCGAGUGGGGCGGAGGAGGCAGUGCACCCCGUCGUCAGCGUGCACCUCUUUCCCGACGAGAAACCUUAGCAGACCUCGCUCGCUCCCUGCCCUGGGCCCGUCACGAGCCACCUCCGCGUCGCAGACGUGACUCCUCGGCUGACUCUGGUAUUAAAUCCAUGGCCUCCAAACGACGCGAUUCCAAAGCAGCUCCACAAGAUUUUCGCUCAGAGUUUCCAACAUAUAACUUUGACAGAAAGGACUCAACUACGGUCAUGCCAACGAGAGAAAGACGUAUCAAAAGGCGUGGGUCUGGUGAAGACAAUAAAGAACGUCGAGAUUCUGUCGACGGAUACCGCCAUCGGAGGGACUCUGUCGUAGCACAACCACCAAGAAUUGUCGCUACGCAUAGAAAAAGACGUGCUUCGCCUCCCACACCUGCACCGCCGUCAUUCGUAGAUGUUUCCUCUGAUCCUGGACCAUCAACUCAAAUGCCAUCGGUUACAAUAGUAGCUAUUCAUGAACCAAGUCGUUCAGAUGGCGAAUGUCAACCAACAAUGACAAUGCCAACAAUUAUAACAUCUGCUGUGACUCCCUCACCUACUUCACCCACGCCGCCUAAUAAUGUCACACAAACUUCACAAACGACACAAUCAGCUCAGGCAACUCAAGUCACUCCUGGUGGCCGCACUCCCCCCAACCUAGGUGGCCGUCGAGACUCAACCACUCAGUGCGGUAGGACUAGAAGAGAUUCUCGUGCUGCAGCCAGCCCUGAACGACGACUGGGUCGACUACAAAGGCAAGCUACUGCUUUUGAUGAUCCAGUGGGCCCCCCUGGCACGAGGCGAAGAGAUUCAGGACCGUCCUUAGGACCUGAUGAUGAAGGAAGGGCACGCAGAGACUCAUUAAGCCCUGAUUCGGCAGCAAGACCACGUAGAGAGCGCACACAGUUAAGCCCUGAUCGUGCUGGUGGCGGAGAGUUAAGUCCAUCAGCGGCACGACGGCGAAGUCGUUUAAGAAGACAAGCUUCGUGUGCCCGCAUGGGUCGAGCACGAAGUCCCGAAUCUAGUUCAUGCUCAAGCCGUGAUCCUAGUCCUUGUGCACGACCACCUGAGAGAACAAUGAUACGUAGACAAUCUACUACAGAAGAAAUCCUCAUAGCCCGUGGGUUCCGGAGGCAGUCAACAACCGAAGAAAUGAUUAGAUGUAGGAAUUUCCGAAGGCAAAGUUCACAAAGUGACGAUGCCUGCAUGCGAGCUAGGGGGCGCCGCGAUUCUUCUACGCAAAUACUAGAUGGAACUAUCGGCACUAUGACUGUUGAGACCACUAGCACCUUCUUCGAUUCCAGCACUCAGACUGAACCAUCACCGCUCUAUGACAACAAUCACUACCACGAGGAAUGUCUGCGUUGCAACUCCUGCGGGCUAAACCUCACCGGUCCCAACCAGACAAAUAAUGCACAAAGAGCUGCCAAAUUAGACUGGAUCAAAAUGAUUCGCACAGAUAGUUGUACUGGUAAUACGAGUAAUAUAAGAGGUGCAAAAACUAUUAGUAUAAUAUAG